AUUAUCCGUACGAAAGGCCCGGUGACCUUUCUAAGAUAUUGGGGCAAGCUGGCAUAAAGCUUGUUGCUCCUCUGUGUAAGAAUUUACUAGGUGUACAUUUCCCCUCAGAGCUCCAUCAAAAUCGUUGACGUCAUGAUGUCAAGAACGAGGCGAACGCUAGUCAUGACGAGCUCAUCUCUUACUCUACGUGAGUUAUUUAAAAGCUAGGUAACCUAGCAUUUUAUUCUGCAGGCGAUCCUCCCCACCAUUGAAUUCAUGCUAUGAAAAUGGCAGUACACCCAGAAGCCUACCUUGAAACUCAAUCACGAUUAACGACCUGGACCGAUGAGCUUGAAUUUCUGGGAUACAUUCUGUGCGAGCUUGUCGAUGCAGAUGGCUUAAGUACGAGAGGGUACGAGUGCCAUCAGGCAGCUGAUUUGCCAACUAUAGUUGACGUCGUUCAGCCGCAACUACAGAAGCCCGAUGGCAGGCUCGCCCAAGUUAUGAGAAAAAAAGAACUAAAAGCCCUCCGCCAAUCGAUAGCACAGGCGAAGCAAAUCCGGAACCAGAUGGCGCAUCACGCAACUCCAGAUGAGCAAAAGCUGAGAGACCUUGAAAGCACGAAGCGGAGCUUGUGUGAUUUGUUUGAGCGCGCUAUCAAGUCAGUCGCAUUGGAGCGUGAAACAGGCCAGAUUCCUUGGUCUCCGUGCUGUCAUAUUUACAAAACAUAUACGGAACAAAGACAGCCCUUAGUCGUCACAGUUCCGCUGAAUGAUGAAUCUUUGCUAUCUAUCCGUCAAAGAGUUCUUCGAGAUCACGACAGUAUCCAGGAAGGGUUGCUUCAUCGUCGACCAAAGCAUAAGGCAACUGAAGAAAGCCGACAAAAGCAGAAAGAUGACUAUGAAGCUGCUAUCACCAGAAGAAGGCAAAAGCAAGAGCGACAUAUGGCUUUACAGUCUCACUCUCUUACUGAAAAGCUCCAAAAACUGGAAGAAAGAUUCGAUAGGUCCCAGGAGCUUAGUUAUACCAAAUUAAACGUGAUAAAGGAGCGUAUGGGAGCAGAAAAAGAAAUAUUUCAUCGAAUGCGAACAGAGAUUCUUAAACGGGGGGUUUUGCAACCAGCGGGUGACGAGCCAACCCUGUUUAUGACAAUUCUGCUUGCAAUCAGCUCCCCACUCUGGAUACCUUGUGUGCUCAUCUACCACCUGUACAGCAGAUCCUAUGUCUAGCCACGCAUAUCACCCUUACAUUCAGCCGUGAGACCAAGUUUUGGACAGACUGUGAUAAAUACCAAUCUCCUAAAAUUCGUUGGCAACUUGCAGUUCCUAUAUUGAUGUUUCAGAGGUAGUUAUAGUGCGCGUGC